AUGGAUCCCGAAUUGCUCAGCACGCCCUGGAUCUGGCACCCCGAGUGGCAAGACCACGGCGCAAACACUGCUGGUGGCAUCGUCCACUUCCGCAAGCGCCUGAAGCUGGAAGAAGUUCCGCAUGGGCCGUCGAGAAUCCAGAUUACAGCGGACACGAAAUACAAGCUAUUCGUCAACGGUCGACACGUCUUUUCGGGCCCCGUCAAAGGGGAUGAACAUCUCUGGUUCUAUGACGAGAUCGACAUUCAACCAUUCUUGAAGGCCGGGGUGAAUCGUAUCUCAGUCAGGGUCCUGCGCUUCUUUCACGGCACGCAGUACGCCACAAGUUUCCCACGACUACCCAUUCCCGGACUUUUUGUUCGAUCCCUGGCGGCAAAUGAUGGGUUCGUAUUGCCUGUCCGCAGUGAUAGCUCUUGGGAAGCUUCUAUAGACCGUGCCACGGUGCUUCGCAUCGACCAGAAAGAAGACGAUUUCCUCCACAUUUACGAAGACGUGGACGCAAGGAGAUCGUCGGAGCUCGAUUGGGUCUCGGCGAAACAAUUGGAACUGCCGACAUCACACGGCAUCACUCCGCCGUGGGUGCUCUCGCCGCGGAUGAUACCAAAACCAACAACCGCCACCCAAGUACUUGCAGCUGUUCACAAUGUCGAAAGUUCUAUCAGCCAGGCUUCGUGGGAGAGCUUCCUCAAAGAUGGUGCGAGCACGCUCCGACUGCCCGCGGGCACACAUCACCACAUCGAGGUUGAGGCAAAAGUUCACUUGACAGCAAUGCUCGCGUUUCGUUUCAGACGAUCCAAAACCUCGGGAUCAACUUUACGAGUUCGUUAUUCUGAGGCAUAUGAAGAGGAACCAGAGUACGUUCCCUACAUUCGCCGCAAAGGCGAUAGGAGAGACACGACCAAGUCCUUGUUCGGGCCUGAAGACAAAUACAUUUUUGCUGGCUCUUCAGGGGCUCACGCCAGCUCCGAGAUCGCCUACGGUCUAGAUGCGGCGGAGUUUGAGACCUUCUCGCCUUUUCAUUUUCGAACCUUACGCUUCAUGGCCAUCAACAUCCAGGUAGACCCGAAGAGCGAUCUAGAAUUUGUAGGAAUUCUUAUCGACCAAGUGCAUUAUCCUUUGGACAUUAAGAGCGAACUCACACUUCUGUCGACCGAUGAUCACCAGAGGACUUAUCAGCGACUCUGGGAGAACAGCGCACGCACGUUGACCAACUGUAUGCAUGACUGCUACGAGGACUGUCCCUUUUAUGAGCAGCUUCAAUACGCCAUGGAUGUUCGCAGUUCCUGUCUGUUCACGUACGUCGUGUCAGGCGACGAUCGAAUGGCUCGACAAGCUAUCGUUCAACUUCAUAACUCGUAUCGUCCGAGUAUUGGGCUCAUCGCAAGUCGCAGUCCUGCUCAUGUCUCUCAAGUUAUCCCUCACUUCUCGCUCUUCUGGAUCUGCACGGUAGCUGAUCACUUCACAUAUUACGGCGACGGAGACUUCACUCGAAGAUUCCUGGCCGUAUGCGACGGUAUACUUUCGUCCUUCGCUCAGCGCUUGAAUGCCGAAACUGGACUCAUAUCAAGUGACUGCCAGUCAGUCAGGACGCAUUGGGACUUUGUCGACUGGACAACGCAAUGGAGACCUAUGGGCAUACCGCCGGCUGCCGAGAGGACGGGCACUCAGACAUUUACCAACUUUCUAUACGCCUACACGCUCAAGACCAUUGCAGAGACUGUUAAGGACCUCGGUCGACCGACCCUCGCCCAGGAGUAUAGGUCACGAGCAGACGGUAUCAUUUUGGCCACACAGAAGCACUGUCGCGUGGGGGCAGUAUUUACAGACGGAACGGCAGCCAGAGCUGACCAUUCGCUGGAUUUUAGUCAACAUAAUCAGAUCUGGGCUGUUCUUUGUGGCGCGACUAGUGGUGAGGAGGCAAGACAACUCCUUACUUAUUGCUUCGAUCAUGGCCCGAUUGCGUCGGAACUCCCUACUGCUUCGGGACAACCCGUCACCUUCACCAAAAUUUCAACGGCGAUGUCAUUCUACGCUCUCCGGGCCUUGUCCGAAGUUGGCGGAGACCUCUACGACAAGGCUUUCCACUCUUUCUGGGAUCCCUGGCGGCAUCAGCUGAGCAAGAACCUCACAACUUGGUGCGAGGACGAGGUAACGCUCAGAUCCGACUGUCAUGCAUGGAGCGCGGUGCCCCUCUACGAGUUCACGACUGAGGUUGCCGGAAUUAAACCACUCGAGCCUGGAUGGCGAGCCAUCUCUUGCGCUCCUCGAUUCAACCUCUUCAGCGAGUUUGACGCCAAGGUGGCGCUUGGUGGAGAACUAGCGCCUGGUAUUGCUCGCGUCAGAUGGUCCCGAGAGAUUGGUACUGAUGACCUGAGUUUGUCGGUUGUUCUACAAGACAUUCCAGUCGAAGAUUCGAUUCGAGUAAGUGUAGAGCUUCCGAGUGGUGUUGAGGAGCAUUUUGGUCGGGAUCUUAAGUUCAACUUGCAACUAAAGUAG